GCAAACGUCAUCCUUCUCUCUUCCAGUUCCAAACGAGUCUUUUAUUACGCUUUUUAAAUUGAAAAAGUUUUAAAGACCAACGACAGCUUCAGACGUGUAAGUGCUUACACAACAGCGCAAAGGAAAAGGCUUGGCACACAGCGCUUUGCAACCGUUUCCUGUGUAUACCAGUCGCAAAAAUAGAUGAGCUGAAUAAUAUCUGGUGAAGCAGAUCGGCAAAACUUCUGAGAGCUGAAAUGGAAGAACGUGACUUCAAUUUUUCUUUUGAAUAUAAUGACACCGACUGGUGUUUUGGCUCCGAAAACUGCACCGAUAUAGAGAUCCCCACUGAACUGUCACCGUCGACGAUAGGUCCCCGGCACUGGAUUGCUCUGGUCUGCUAUCUCAUUGUGUUCCUGCUGGGCGUCCCGGGGAACGCUCUGGUGGUGUGGGUGACCGCGUUUCGAAUGCCUAACUCUGUGAAUGCGCAGUGGUUUCUGAAUCUGGCCGUGGCGGACCUGCUGUGCUGCUUGUCGUUGCCUCUUCUCAUGGUGCCGCUCGCCCAGGACCAGCACUGGCCUUACGGCGCUGCGGGUUGCAAGCUGCUCAGCGGUUUGCUCUACAUGAUGAUGUACUGCAGCGUCCUGCUCCUGGUCGUGAUCAGCUUGGACCGUCUGCUCCUGGUGACCAGACCGGUGUGGUGCCAGAACCACAGGAACACGAGGCAGGCCCGCUGCGUCUGUUUUGCCGUCUGGAUUCUCGCUCUCCUGGCCAGUUCUCCUCAGUUUGCUCACAUGGAGAUACACGAACUGAGCGAGACCAAAACGUUGUGCGACGGCAAAUACAACAACUUAGCUCAUGCGUGGUCGGUAACUCUUACGCGCUGUUUUCUGUCUUUUCUGCUGCCUUUCCUGAUCAUCUGCAUCAGCCACUGGAAGGUUUACAUCACGACGAGCUCUGGCCGAGGGCAAAGAGGCAGUGACAAGUCGGCCAGGACGGUACGUGUGAUCCUGGCGGUGGUGCUCAGCUUCUUCCUCUGCUGGAUUCCUCUGCACAUAGUGGAUAUUCUGCUGCUGAUCAUGCACAAACAACCCCACAACGUCCUAGCCAACUUGCGACUAGCCCACGUGCUGACGCUCUGCUUAGCUUACAUUAACAGCUGCCUGAACCCGCUGCUCUACGUAUGUCUUGGCCGCGGAUUUAAGAAAAAUCUGAUUAGCUCGUUGCGAAGUGUGCUUCAUUUCGCAUCCGAAGCACCGCAUCAUAGAACCAGCUUGACUGCAAACAGUAAGUCAACCACAGACGGGUUCAGAGAGAAGCCCUUAUGAAGAAAAUCUACUCUUCGAAUACAAAUACCACCCUCGGGAACCAUUUGUAGGUUUAAAGAAGCAUUCACGGAUCACUAACGAACACGCUGCACAACAAAAAUGCACACCAAUACUGUUCUAUGAUAUUAACAAUAAUCUUUUUAAACGUUCGUAACAUUCUCACAAUUAAAAAAAAUAAUUCAUAACCAGUUUCUAUCAGCUAAUCAAAAGCAGCUGUGCACAACUCCCUAUAUUUACAUGCAUUUCAAUUUUCGCCUAUUGCAGUUAAUCCAGUUCGAAUUCAGAUUCUGGGAGUUUAUGUGAACACUAAACGCUGCGGUCCGAUUCACACAGAGUAUUUGAUUAUAUGCGAACAAAACUUUUAAGUUCACGAACCAGAGAAUGUCACAUUCACAUUUUGUGAAUCUGUUAUAUUUUUAUAUUUUAGUGUAAAGAACAAGCACCGAAUGCAGAUAUCACUUUCAGACAAAGGUUUGUUGUCUGAAAUGAAAAAAGUCACGUGACCAAUUUAAUACUGAGCAAAACAUGGGGCAGCCAAAACUGAGGCGGCUGGCAAAAAUAGUCAAAUUUUAGCUUUUACACUUCUUUAUUUUUCCGGUUGAUUGAUUGUCAGGUCUACUAAACCGAUCUUCAAUUAAACCGAGUUCAAUCGAGUCGACUGGGGCCUUUCAGUCCGAUUAGUUGCAUGCUAAUUCUGAUGCGUUUGGUUCCUAAUAGUUAGCAUUCAUGUAAUUCAAUGGAUUAAAACGUUAAGCAUUUACAGCCGAUUUACAAAUAUUUUUAAAUAUUGUCGCAUGUACAUAGCUUUAUUGUACGGUUACGCCAUAUACGGCAUUUCUGUGUAGCGAUUUACCACAGAAAAUAAAUGUGGUUGUUUUGUAAAUACGGACAAAAACGCCGAAGAAUCGGUGAAGAAUAUCGGCUACCACUCCGAAAUACAUGUUAAAAACAUAACAAUAAGGCAAACUUGCAUUAAGUUUCAUGCAUUACCAUGUGGACAAACUGAACUUGCCAGGCGUGUUUUUAAAAUGCCGGCUCCUCGUGAGAUUAACUAACCAGUAGAGGUCAGUAAAGAGCGAGUGUUAAACCUAAACUUGGCAGGUUAGUUGAGAUUUCCAGCCAUGAGAUGUUGCUUUUGGUGCGUGUGGGUGAGUUUCGAGUAUGGGUUAGCAACCUUUCUAACUGCACUACAAGGCAGCUAAAUAUAACAGCACUCCAUGGCAACUGAAAACAAUGCAGAAAGCUGAGCAGUGAACAGAAGUCAUGUUUUAACCUCUCCUGCUCAACCAAUUUGUGGAUUGUACAUUUUGUGUUACUGGAGCAUUUGUAGCAUCUUCUCAUCAGAAGUCACCUGUAGAUACAAGCAGAUUUUUGACCAUAUUUUAACCUUUUCUGUAUAAUUAAUCUUAUUCUGUAUUGAUAAUGAAAAUAUAAAAUAAAGAUAUAAAGGUUUAACCUU